UGCUUCUGAAUUAAAAAAAAGUUUUUUAGAAUUGUUUUUCUCUAGUGCUUUAACCAACUUAUACAAAUGAAUCAAAAUUCCAACAACGGAUGAUGAAAAUUAAUAAUAAUAAAAAGUAAAAAGAUUUUUUUUUAAAGUGACUUUUACUCUGUAGCUUGUUUACAAGUGCGAGGUGGAGCCGGAUGUGACGUCAGCGCUUCUGUGUACAGCAGCUGAUCGCAGCAGGUCAGAUCGUCAUCCCUGUUGUUUUGUGACGGUGUGAAGAAGACCUGGACAUCACCUGGACAUCAUCUGCUGCUCACCUUCGGCGGGAAACUGCGGCGCGUGCAGCUGACGCUUGAGCUCAGCAGGACGAGGCCCCUGUGUUGUGGCCGGUACAGCAGCGGGCCUACCUGCGAUGCUAAGCUAAGUGAACUAGCUGUCACCGUCAACAGAAUCCAUGACCGUAACCCGCAGGUAGACAGUCAGGAAACGUCCGCAGCACAGCCCGGUCAAACAUGAGGGUCUGACGGACUCGGAGAGUAGACAGAGACUGACAGCCUCUCCUGACCCGGCUCAGCCCAGCUCCAGCUCAGUCCACCUCCGUCCAGCUCGGUCCAGCUGGAAGAUGUGGCUCAAACUGUUCUUCCUACUGCUGUACUUCGUGGUCCUGUUCAUGCUGGCGCGGAUCUUUGAGGCGGUGGUCUGGUACGAGACCGGCGUGUUCGCUACUCAGCUGGUGGAUCCGGUCACUCUCAGCUACAAGAGGCUGAAGACCAUCCUGGAGUGUCGGGGGCUCGGGUACUCCGGACUGGCCGAGAAGAAGGACGUCAGCGAGCUGGUGGAGAAGUCAGGAGAGCUGACACAAGGCGAGCUGUACUCUGCCCUCAAGAAGGAAAAGGAGCAAACGGAGGCCGGAGACUCCAGCACCACACACUUCAGUGGAGAGAUGCACUUCUAUGAGUUAGUGGAGGACACUAAAGACGGGAUCUGGCUGGUUCAGGUAAUUGCCCAGGACCGGGAUGCUCUUCUCAGUCAGUCCAACUGGGGGAAGAUGGUGCAGAAAGUGUCUCAGUUUGGGAUCCGAACUGGAACCUUCAACUGCUCUAAUGACUACAGGUCAUGUAUCAAGCGCGGCUGGCAGCGCUCCACGCUCAUCAUGUCUGUUCCUCAGACGUCAGCGUCGAAGGGCAAAGUCAUGCUGAAGGAAUACAAUGGCCGCCGCAUCGAAACCGAGCACAUCUUCCGCUGGAUGACCUCACAUGUGGCUCAUCGAAUCAAAACGCUGCGCCGGUCUGAGCAGCUGGUGGAGGAGUGGCGCUCAGACCCGGCCCACCCGGUCAAGAUGUUUUUGUUCGCCCACCUGUCCCAGCCCCCCGCCUUCUUCUCCUCACUGUCUGUCAAGUUCACGGGCAGGAUCGAAUUCAUCUUUGUGGACGUGCGUCACUGGGACAACCACAGCAGCCUGACAGAGAUCGGCGUGACACAGAGCCCCGCCUAUAUCCUCAAGAUGCCUGAGGGCAUCUAUCGCUAUGGCAACAGUACGGGGGAGUUCCUGUCCCUGGCUGCCAUGGACACCUUCCUGCGUUCUGUCCAGCCGGAGGUCAAUGACCUGUUUGUCCUCAGUCUGGUUCUCAUCAACCUGUUGGCCUGGAUGGACCUCUUCAUUACACAGGGAGCAACAGUGAAACGAUUUGUAGUUCUGAUCCGAACACUGGGGACCUACAACUCCAUACUGCUGGUGUCCUGGCUUCCUGUUCUGGCUCUGCUCCAGCUGCCCUAUCUGGACUCUCUGUACGGCUACAGUCUGAAGCUGCUUCGAUACGCUGACACCACCACCCUGGCCAGCCUGGUGAGAGCGGACUGGACCUUCUACUCAUCCCACCCUGCUCUCUUCCUGUCCACCUACCUGGCCCACGGCCUGCUGGUCGACUACUUUGAGAAGAAACGGCGCUGUGGCGUCAGGAGCCGAGAGGACAGCACCACCAACCUGGAGUGGCUGGCCAGUCUGUGGGACUGGUACACUUCUUAUCUGCUCCACCCAAUCGCGUCGCUGCAGCAGGUCCCGUCAGACCAGUCGGACUGGGAAGAUGAUCCCAACCUCUUGUUUGAGCGUUUGGCUUUCCCUGAUCUCUGGCUUCGCCCGUUGGUAAACGUGGACUACAUUAAAGCCCUGCCAACCUGGAGGUUCAGAGCUGUGAGUCAGCGCAGGGGAGGUGGCUCUGGUGGACAGUUGCCUGAGGAAACAGAGAGUUCACAUACAAACACAGAGAACAGGGACCAGAGGGGUUCAGGUCCCGGCUCAUCUCCACACAGCAGCAGAAGGCGCCAGAGGUCUCUGUGCAGUCAGGACAGCAACACACAGCUGAGUGUGCACAGCAACAUGGACCCAACCUGUCAGUGUGCUGCUGCUGCUGCUGCUGCAUCAUCCCUCUGCUGUUGUCAUGGGAACGGAAGCUCACCAUCAGUUGACAUGGCACCGGAGGAUGGCCACCUGGCACCUGAGGCCAUCUCCGCCCGGGUGCACUGUGAUUGGUUGGCGUGGCCCUGCGGCGUGCUGCAGUGCUCAGAGUGUGUGGUGUGUCUGGAGAACUUUGUGAGCGAGGAGCUGCUGAUGGCUCUGCCCUGUGGCCACGCCUUCCACCAGCAGUGCAUCGUGGUGUGGCUGGCCGCAGGCAGACACUGCUGCCCAGUGUGUCGCUGGCCCAGCUACAAGAAGAAACAGCAGAGAGGAGCUCAGAGCGGCUCUGCUGAAAAUCCCCUGCAGGACUGACGGACAGGUCUGACCGAGCCCUCCUCAUCCUCACAGCUCACUCUGCUCUCAGCGCUCACAGCCACCGAGCUCUGUGUGUCAUCACAGGGACGAUGGAGGUGUGACGGCUCUGUGAGAGGAUGUGAUCAGGGCUGCUGUUGUCAUGAACCAUCAUUCAGCUUGUUUCCAUUCCUGUUGAAGGCAACGUGCUGGUCGUGAGAGGCCAGUCACCAUAGAGACGACACAGAGUCACACACUAACCACAGUUGUAGUCAUGUUAAACUUUGUAGUGCAAUAAAAAGCUGUUUCCUGUCUGUCUGCAGGACUGAGAGGUCAGUAGAGUCUGUGAGGACUUAUUGAGCUAACACCCUGUCCUCUACAUCCUGGACCAUGACUCAUCAUUAAUGCAAAAAACCUCCAUGUGUGUGUUUGCAUUUUAAUUAGCAUUUAGUUCAGGACAGGAAAGCCUCUCUGUUGACACCCCCCCGGUCAGCACAACAACCAAAAUAUCACCAGUACAAACUCUACAAACCCUGAUACCCUGGUUCUGAAGUGUCGACCUGACUUUACACCACUCACCUAUUUAUUUAGAUUAUUUCCCACCACUGUCAUUAUCCUCUCCUCUCAUGCUGACAUUCAAAUCUCAGAGUGCAGCAGCUCAGCUGUGACUCAUCGCUCAGCACCUGAACUCCACACUCAACACAUGCAGAUGGUGAUGCAGGGUGAAGCCUGCUGGUCACAGUGUGGAGAAGUGACCUGAUGGGAGGUUUUCAGCAGCAUGAAGCUUCACACAGUCACCUCCUGCUACUAAACAGCUAGUCUGAUGUGUAACCAGGAUGCACAAACACAGAUGUGUGUUUGAUACAAAUCAUCUGUUUUAAGAAGCUAUAUGAUCCAUUUUAGCUCCACAGCAUUCAAUGGCAUUAAAGCGACUGUGAUCAGCUGCAUCACUAAACACUCUUUAAUCAGUUCUUUAUACUAACAGUGAGUCAGAUGAUGAAAGUCCUCAUCAUCUCAACAGCUCCUCACAGCAUCUUUACAUUUAAACUCUGCUCUUAUCAAGAUCAUCUCCAGCAGCUGUAAAGAGUCUCUGUCCUCUACCUGUCCACCAGGAGACAGACUCAGUCAGAGAAGCCGUGAACACAGCGCAGCAUUUAGCAGCUACAGAGGAACUGGUGGAGACCACACAGCUCAAAGAAAGAGAGGGAACACUGGACUGAGACUCAUCAGGAGGUGCAUGUCAUGGUGGCUGUUAAUGCCUGACCCCUGCCUUUACCAAGAAUGGACAUGUGUCAGUGAAACAACCUGAUAUGAGUUUUACAUGGAGGGUUUCAUGUCUGAAGGUAGAUGGACCCUCCUCAGUCACAGGUGUGCAUGCUUUUAUUUUUCAAGGUUCACUCAAGGUUGACUGCCACUGAUGCUCAGCUGGACAGAGUAGAGAAGAGGAACCUUCUGUCAACUGGAUGAUUUUAACACUAAAAAUCUCAAUAAAAGAAAUAAACCUGUUUUUAAAUGACUUUUCACACACACAGCUUCUUCCUCUGAGCUGUGUGUGACUGCAGCCGAGCAGCUCUCACUAUCUGCUGCACAUACUUAACAAUGUUUUCUCAAUGUAUCCACAGUAAUGAAGGGAUGUUUGGAUAUUUGGAGCCGGAGGUUUUUGUCGGACCUUACCUUUAACGAGCUGUACAGUAGAAACGACUUGCUGAUAGUAGAGUAUGACCGGGUCAUCCUGACCUGCCCCCCUCUGGCUGACGCAGGAAGCGCCAGCCAGCUAUUAAGCAUAUCCUCUUUAUUGUAUCACCUGAGUUUACUUUACGCUCUCUUUGCUGAUGAUCUCAUUCUGCCGACGGUCUGACCUGUGGAGCUGCUGAUACUUUACCCUGAUCUAAAAUGUCCAGAACUAACUGUAAUCUAUCAACUUUUAAGGUGCUUCUCUGUAACUCUCAGCUCACCGUGUCCUCUGUCAGUGUGUGAAGGGCAAGAACAUAAAAUGAUAUGUAGAACAUUAACACUUACCCAGAAUAAAAAGUGUUUCAGA